AAACGAGACGGGGAAAAUGGGUUUCGGGAUUGUCUGCUGCACUAACUGAGCCCCUCGUAUUUGCGCAGUAACCGACCAGGCGUCCCACCGCAUCAAGACAUGUCCAGGUAGAAAAGGUCCACUACAUCAUCAAGGUCCCAGUUAUUACGGUGCAGCAAAUGGAAUGGAUACUCACAAAGAACUACCGAGUUUGAGAGGGAAAUAGAAGCAGAACAAGACCCCUUUUAUCAUUCAUUGAUGCUAAAAGCGGAUCAGAGUUUCUAAGCCAGGAGAGGCAGGACGAUCACGAUACAAAGCAGAGUGCGUAAAGCAAAGCAACUCCUUGUUCCAGAGUCCUCUCUUUUUGUUUCAGCGGUGGCGCAGUUAGAAGAAGUGAGAGCGGCUCAGCAGAGUACAUAGAGCAGAACAACCUAGACAAGCUUAGUACCGUCCCGACCUGCAGGGUUCGUAAAGCGUCGGGCAUGCUUAGAAUGUGUCAAAGAACCCAAGGUCUGCGAGCUUAAUCCAAGCCGCCGCCGUAAUUCGAGCAGAGUCUGGACACACUGACACGCUACGGAUACUAAAAUUCACCUUAUUAGCUUAAAACAACCGCCUCAAAAAAGGUACGGGUACGGUACGGUCGGUAUAAACUGAGUCUAGGUGCCCUCCACGCUGUAACACGCGACCACAUACCAACCCUGGGCAAUUUGCAUUUUUGAGGUUUCAUUGUUUCUGACACUCCUUCAUUCACUGUGCAAGCAGCAGUUGGCGCAGGUUCCCAUAUAUUUUCCCACUGCCUACCUAUCCCUGAAUAUCCUUGGAGGGGUUGCGUGUCACUCUGUUUCACCUCCAAUCACUUAUACUCUCGCUCACUCACCCCAAACUGUCUGUCUGUCUGUCUGUACAUACUGUGCUGAACCUGGGGCUUGGCUUGGCUUUCCAGCUCCUGCUGCAGCAUUCUUGUUAGUCUUCUUCGUUUAUAUCUGACGAAAGUCUUAUAUCCGCUUGGCUUUUGCCCAGACCUGACCUUAAUUCCUCCUCCCCUCCCCUCCACCUCAGAUCGAUCCAACCCUUCCCUUCUUCUUCCGUAACAUCCUCUUCCGCAUCUCGUUGAACCUGAUGAUGUGAAAGUAGGCUCAAUAUGCCUUCUUUAGUCUCCUAUCUUUUUGCUGUCUUUUUCGUAUCAUUACUAUUCACGAAGCUGCUACAUCUCUUCAUCCACAUCCACUCCAUCGCCGUCAUCGACUUUGUCGUCUAUCUACCGACCUUCUUUUUACAAGACUUCUUUCUAGUUCUCUUCGCCCGGUUAUUGCUGCGUCGAGAGCGAACAAUUCUCUCUCUGAUUGGUUAUGUCCUUGGAUGCUUUUUAACUUUGAUAACGUUCGUUGCUGCGGCAUCCGAGCUUGGCUUUCACUAUAGAACAGGCGGCGAAGUCGAAUGGAGCGACGCUGGCGAUUUUGCUAAUGACGAGGGUCUCAAUGUUUUGAUCAGCGAGAGCAGCAGCGUCAUUGUUUCUGGUUUAAUCAUCCUCAUCGUCGCAUGGUUGCCUCAGAACUAUCUGUACAGGGUCUUUGGUGACAUCGUAUCUGGAAUUGGCAAGCGAAUCGCUUCAGUCUCUCGGUAUUUGCGAGGCAAGAUUCGCCCGCAGACCCAACAUCAGCAGGAUCCUGAGAACGCCGAGCCUUUCCUUCAGCGUGUCAACAGCGAAAGUACCGUCGCAAACAGUGGCCAUUCAUCACCUAACCUGGGCCGCGAUGCAGAUGAGAAGGAGGAAGAGCUUACACAAAAGCGACGCUGCUGCGCAUUUGUUCCUUCUUGGAUCAUCAACACAGUCGUCUUGCUAUUCAUCGGCAUCACAUGGGUCGCUCGCCCUGACCAACCGUAUAACCACAUCGCAAGCAGUUUGCCUUUAAGAUUGUCCGACUCUGUACGACCGAAGCUUGGACUCUGUGCUUCUCAAAACGAAUUUCCCUUGCGACAGCUCAUCGAGAAGUCAAGAUGGCAGGAUCCCAAGGGCAACUUCAAGGGAUGGGCUCCUAGCAGAGAGAACAACGGCUUGGUAAAGAAGUACAGAGAAAACCCUCCUGCUUGGCUUCCUAACCCCAUCCCCAGCGGUUUCCUCAAGUGGAAUCCUGAUCGAUACAAGGACGAGCAUGACAAGAAGGAUGGUCCUAGCAACAUGUGCCCCAAUACUUGGCAAGAUCGGGGCUUCUACAACCCAGUCAACGACCCCAUGCGAAUUACUAACCUCGAUCAAGAGAUUCUGGCUCCUAUAAAAGAGGCACUCUCCAAUAACUCGGUCAAGAUUAGACAUAUUGCUCUUAUUCUCAUGGAGAGCAUGCGCGAAGAACUCUUCCCUCUCCAGCAGGGCAGCAGUAUCCACCAAUUCAUCAUGGAGUCGAACGACGAGAAUUCCAGAGAUGAAGUCAACGGCCGGGUGUCACGCAUGACUCAGAACUUCGAGAAGAUUACCGGAAAGCCAGGCAACUAUCGAAGCGCAAACGGAAGUGCUUACGAUCCUCCCGCGAAGCCCGUAUGGAACGACCAGACGAAGCCCGGCUUUGGUGGUGUCAAUGUCGUUGGAGGUCUUACCAGCAGCAGUGUCUCUACCAAGAGUCUUGCUGCUGCACACUGUGGCGCUUGGCCCAUGGCUGUCAACAUGUUUGAAGAAUCCGAACUCGAGAGCUAUCAGCCCUGCAUUCCGCAGAUUCUCGAACUGUUCAACAAGGUCAAGGGCAACACAACAAAGCGAGAGGAUAAGUCAGAGAACAAGUCAGAGAACAAGCCACAAAAGGAGCGAGAUUGGUGGGGAUUCGGUGGUACUGCGCAAGCCAAGUUCCAUGAGUACCAAUGGAAGCCCGCUUUCUUCCAAGCCGUUACAGACCACUACGAUAGACAGGACAAAUUUGACGAGAAGAUUGGUUUCGAUUUCAAGGUCACCAAGCCGAGAUUAGACGAGGAGGCCAAGGACAAUCCUGAGAUGGAGGAGAUCAACUAUUUUGGAUACCCCGAAACGGAUUUGAGGGAGCACAUCAGAAAGUUUAUUUCUGACGGUCUCGCCGAAGACAAGCGACUCUUCAUGUCGCACUUCACCAGCACGACUCAUCACCCUUGGGGAGUGCCAAAGUGGUUCGAGAAAGAGAAGUACAUGGGUAAAGAGGGUGGUAAUCAUCAAGAUCUCGACAAGUAUCUCAACACCAUCCGCUUCACCGACGCAUGGCUCGGGGAGCUUAUGCAGAUGUUUGAGGAUACCGGAAUUGCCGAUGAAACCCUCGUUGUCUUUGUUGGUGACCACGGCCAAGCUUUCAAGGAAGAUUUCUCGAAGACGGGUACCUACGAAAACCGCCACAUCAGCAACUUUCGGGUUCCGAUUUCCUUCCGACAUCCCAGCAUUCCUCGGGUGCAAUACGAGGCCAACGUGACAUCCAUCUCUAUCCUUCCCACCAUUCUCGACCUCCUCGUUAAUUCAGGAUCUCUCAACAAAAAAGAUUCCGAAAUUGCAUUCGACCUCGCCCACGACUACGAAGGUCAAUCCCUAAUUCGCCCCUAUCAAAAGACACAAGACGGCCGUCGCGCUUGGAACUUUGGACUUAUCAACCCAGGCGGUGGUAUGCUCACAGUAACCUCAGCCGACGCACCGUGGCGCCUCGCAGUCCCUCUAAAGAAAGACCUCGAAUACACAUUUACAGAUCUCGGCAAAGACCCGCUAGAGCUAGACGCCCUAGACAAAUGGUCGAUCAAGUCCAUGAUCAAGGCAGUGAAGCGGCAGUACGGCGACGACGCUGCGACCUGGGUCAAGGAGGCCGACGAAGUUGCCCACUGGUGGGCUCUAGAGCGAAGACGCCUCUGGGGGUAUAACCCCGACGAGGACAAAUGAUCCUGUUUUAUUAUCACUACUAUUGGUUCCAUUUUAUGACAUGAUGCAUUGGGUAUCUGGGUUUGCGGGUUUGCAAUUACUCUUGGGAACUGGUCUUUUGGCAUACCCGUUGGCACAUGUGUACGGCAUACAUACAUUUAGGGAGAGGCUCCCUCGGAAAUGGUUGUUUUCUGGGUUGAUAUUUUUGGUCUACAAAAUGGCAUAGACUUUGAAAUUUUACGCAUUGUAUACUUGAUCGAAGAUUGUUUCGUUCGUGGCUCGUGUUUCAGUGAUGUCUUAAGUUGAGCGGCGCAUUUGUAUAUGACCGUGGCUAUCAAAAGGAAACGGUUAUGCAGUAUGAUCCAUAAACAGGAAUUAUUGGCUUUUAUUUCCAGAGUAAGCUCACAGUGCAUUGAA